AUGUCCGAACCAAAGAGAAAGAAGGGAGCGCAAGGAAAGAGGGUAGAAGAGGAGGCUGAAGAGGCUGCAGCUGACAAUGGCCUGGAGUUUGAGGACCCCUAUGGCGACGACCUCGACGAGGAGGAGCAGCAGCAGCUGCAGCAGCUGCUGCGCAAGCAGCAGAACAAACAAAAAAAACACAGCAGCAGCAGCAGCAGCAGCAGCAGCAGCAGCAGCAGCAGCAGCAGCAGCAGCAGCAAGAGAGCAGCAGCAGCAGCAGCAGCAGCAGCAGAUUCAGAUGACGAUUGGAGCGAUGCAUCUGAUGCAGCGGAGAUGCAAACAGACCAAGACGAAGACGAGGAGCAGCCCGUCAAGAUUUGGCGUCCUGGGGUGGAUAAGCUGGGCGAGGGGGAGGUUUUAGAGUGCCACUCGAGCGCUUAUGAAUUUCUACAUAAACUGCAGACGUUCUGGCCUUGUCUCUCUUUUGACUUUAUCCCUGAUCAGCUAGGAGCCAUGCCGCGGAUGGUUGCUGCUUGGUCGGAUUUGGGUGUUGUGGGGAUUUGGGAUAUCGAGAAACAUCUCAAGAGGCUCGACGAGCCUGGCGCUGCAGGCUUAGGGUUUAGGGCCCUCCACCUGAUCCUCACCAGAAGCCGAUGUUUGAAUUUAAGGGGCACGAAACAGAAGGGCCCUCCACCUGAUCCUCACCAGAAGCCGAUGUUUGAAUUUAAGGGUCACGAAACAGAAGGGUUUGCGAUGGACUGGAAUCCCGUCCACAUGCUGAUUGAUAGUGGUUGUUACGUACACCUGACGAACUGGCAUUCUCAUCUCUACACCUAA